AUGUGGAGAACCAAUUGCCCUGUGAAGUGGUUUCCUGUAUCUCAAGACUAUUCCAGGCCAGGAGACCUCAUAGUUGGUGGGAAUUUGCCACUUGGCACUUACUAUACUGAUAAGAGAGAAGACUUCCAUAGUUUACAGCCAACACAGUUCUCCACUUCCCCAUCGACAGUGAUCAAGGACUACCAGCACUUCCUGGCCUUUGCAUUCGCCAUCACUGAGGUCAACAAGGAUCUGACUCUCCUUCCAAACACAACCCUUGGUUUUCGCAUCUAUCAGCACUUGGGGAUUGCCCGUGUAAUGCAUGCAAACAGCCUCUCUCUGCUUUCCACUCGGGGGCGAAUGAUUCCCAACUAUAAAUGUGACAGACGAAAUAAUCUGCUCUCUGUUAUAGGAGGUCUCGACUCCCAAUCCUCAAGGGAGAUCGCAUACUUAAUGGGUAUCUACAAGAUCCCACAGCUUGGUUAUGACUUGUUCAACCUUGUUCAGGGAGAGAAAAAUGCAUUUCCUUCCUUCUACCAGAUUGAUCCCAUUGAAAGUGCUCAGUAUGUGGGCUUAGUCCAGCUGCUCCUGCAUUUCUACUGGAACUGGAUUGGGCUGAUUGUUCACCAUGAUGACAAUGGUGAACAUUUCAUCCAGACACUGACACCAAUGCUCAAGCAGAAGGACAUCUGUGUGGCCUUCACCGAAAUGUUCAUGUCAGUGGGCAGGCUCCAUCAGCAACGAGUUAAUAGUGGUUCUAUUCCUAAUUCUUGGUUUGAGCCCCAAGUGAUGAUUGCCUUUGCGGACAGUGGUGUUAUGCUGCAAUUAGCAAAUUUGUUGCAUAAUCAUAAAAAAAAGACCAAGAUCCCAUUUAGGAAGGUUUGGAUCAUGACAUCCCACUGGGACAUUCGGGCAAUGGGUUACCCCCAUGCCUUCCAGGAACUAAAAAUGCUUCAUGGUGCUUUGCACUUCAGAGUCCACAGAAGGGAUGUGCCAGAAUUCAAACAUUUUCUCCGGGCUUUAGAUCCACUCAGACCACAAGGAGACAUCUAUCUCCGUCGUUGGUGGGAAUGGACAUUUGAAUGUUAUUUUCGGAACUCAGGCCAAGCCUCUCCAUGGGGAAACAGAAAGUGUACUGGAAAGGAGAAAGUGGAGUUGCUGACAGGUGGCUGGUUUGACAUGAGCAUGUCCAGUCGCAGCUACAGUGUCUACAAUGGAAUUUAUUCUGUGGCCCAUGCCUUACAUGCUGUAUCUGGAGCCAAGCGUGCAAUGACUGGGGAAGGCAAGAGGCUUCUGGAUAUUGAGCCAUGGCAGAUUCUAUCAUCUUUGAGAAACAUCCGGUUUAACAACAGUGCUGGAGAGGAAGUCUCUUUCACUGAAAAUGGCAAGAGAUAUAAUAUACUGAACUGGAUCUUCUUCCCAAAUACAUCUUUUUAUCCUGUGACUGUUGGAGAAAUGGAUUCAGGGGUCCCCCCAGGCCAAGACUUUACAAUUCACCCCGAUGUGAUUGUGUGGGCUACAGAGGUGGGUCUGGAGUGGACUUCCCAGGGCAAGGAUGCACAACACUGUGCCCUGUGCUUAGAAGAUCAAUAUCCAAACAAGAACCAAGACCAGUGUAUCCCCAAGAAGGUCCACUUCCUUUCCUACCAAGAGACACUGGGGUCUGUUUUAGUUUCUUUAGCCCUUUUCCUUUCUCUGAUCACAUCUGUAGUCCUGACAACCUUCAUUAAACACCGUGACACACCACUUGUCAAAGCAAAUAACCGAGACAUCACCUACAUUCUCCUCAUCUCCCUCCUGUUCUGCUUCCUCUGUUCACUCUUGUUCAUUGGCCGACCCACGAAGGUCACCUGUCUUCUGCGCCAAGCUGCUUUUAGCAUCAUCUUCUCUGUUGCAGUAUCUUCUGUUUUGGCAAAAACUGUCACUGUGGUUCUGGCCUUCAUGGCCACGAAACCAGGAAACAUGGCAAGAAAACUCUUGGGGAGACCAUUCACAAACUCCAUUGUCCUGGCCUGUCCCCUCAUCCAAGGUAUUCUUUGUGCUGUCUGGCUGGUGAACUCUCCUCCCUUCCCAAACUUGGACUUUCAUUCCCUGCCUGGAGAGAUCAUAGUGGAAUGCAAUGAAGGUUCCAUCACUAUGUUUUACAUUGUCCUGGGGUACAUUGGUUUCCUGGCCCUCAUUAGCUUCAUAGUGGCUUUCCAUGCAAGGAAAUUGCCUGACAGCUUUAAUGAAGCCAAGUUUAUCACUUUCAGCAUGCUGGUGUUUUGCAGCGUUUGGGUCUCUUUUGUGCCAACCUACCUGAGCACCAAGGGGAAGUCCAUGGUAGCUGUGGAGAUCUUCUCCAUCUUGGCCUCUGGGGCUGGUCUCCUGGGUUGCAUCUUUCUCCACAAAUGCUACAUUAUUGUUUUGAGGCCCAAUCUCAAUUGCCUUUGUGAUGCGGGAGUGACAUCAGGAAGAGAGUCCAGCUUGGGCCCAGAUCAGUUGGCAGAUAUUAUGGGCCUCUUGUUAGGAAGGAGCAGCCCUCUGUCUCCUGGAAUGGAUGAACCAAGGAUGAACCCUUCUAGCAUCUCUCUCCGGGAGGCUGAAGCCAUCUCCCCUGGUGGAAGCACCAACACCCAGGGACAGUCUCAGCUGGACUCUCUUGGAGGUUCUUCCUGCAGCCCUCCAGAGCCCCAGGAUCUCUCUGCUCCCCACAUCUCACCAGCCGCACCAACGGGCACAGGAGUACGUGAUGGAAAUGAGGACACAGGGAGCUUGGAGAAACCAGGAGCUGCUGAGCAGGUGCCCUCCGCCUUGCCUCUGCCACAGGGAUGCCAACCAUCAUCCCAGGAGGGGGCACAUGAGCCCUACCCUGGAGAAAACUUCCUGCCUCCUGGGAAUGGAAAUGAGAUUACAGAGCAAACGGAGCCCCCCUCCCAGGAAUCAGCAUCGAAACUAGCGAUGGGAGAGCUCACCAACCCCACAAUCAUCAAGACAUCCCAGGAGCAGGAUGAUGUCCAAACCCCAGCAAAGGACAGAGGAGUUGAAAACAGGCCAGAGGAACAACUGCCAGAUGCCACCCACUCUGCCGGUGCCCAGGAAGACCCACCCCAUCACUUGUUCCCAAUAGUCAUUGUGAGAGAGAGGGCUGAACAGUUUAAGAAGACCCACGAACAGAAAUGGAGGCUGCUGGAGAGGGUGAAGCUGGGCGAAAGGGUACCUUCCCCAGAGCCCUGCAGCGGGGCCAGGAACAGCAGUGCCCCUGGAGACCCAGGCACCCUGGCCCUCAGCAGGGGAGGGAUGACCAAGGAGAGUCCAGGGAGGACCCAAAUCCAGGCUGCCGCCGCCUCCUCUGCCCAACAGGGAAAGAAACGUUUCAAGUUUUCCUUGCCAUCGUCCUUCAGGCAGGCCUGGGCCCGGAUCUGCAGCUGCAAAAAGAAACUCAAUGUUUGUGCCUCAUGCAAAAUCCACCCCUUGCCUAAUCCACAUUAA